AUGUCAUCCAGACCGCUCACAAUUCCCGUGAUUGAUAUCGCGGGAUAUUUAGCAGGAGACAAAAUUGCAACGGCUUCCAUCGCCUCUGCAAUCUCGUCUGCUGCCAAAUCACCCGGCUUCCUUCAGAUCACUGGCCAUGGCGUUUCUCCGCAAUUGACCUCUAAGAUGCUUGAGCGGCUGGCCGCCUUCUUUACCCUUCCGAUGGAGAAGAAAUUUGCACUCCAUAGAAACAAUUCCGCAGCUCUACGAGGAUUCGAGGCCGUUGGUGAACAACAGCUGGAAAAGGACUUUUUGGACAGCAAAGAGGGAUUUAUGAUCGGCCCCGAAAGCCUUGCUGAGGACGCAAAGUUUCUACAGGGCCCAAAUCAAUGGCCGUCAGAAUCAGAAGUUCCGGAUUUGAGGGAGAGCUUGAUGGAAUACUUUAGCCAAAUGCAAAAGUUGAGCAAAAAUAUGUUCCGGCUCAUCGCUCUGGGGUUAGAGCUCGAUGAGCAAUAUUUCGACAGGUUCGUUGAUAGUAAGGAUUCGAUUGCUAUGUGUCGAGCGCAUAGAUAUCCACCCACAACGGAGGAAAUCUCCAAGAAAUCGAGGGGCAUAGGGGCACAUACAGACUUUGGUGCAUUGACCCUAUUAUUACAAGACAAAGUUGGUGGACUAGAGGUUUUCUAUCGACCAACUGAGACCUGGCACCCUGUUGAGCCUAUCGAGGGUGCCUUUGUUGUGAAUAUUGGUGAUAUGCUAGAGCGAUGGACGAACAAUAAUUACACGUCGACACUACACAGAGUCAUCUCUCCCGUGAGCAACCAAUAUCGAUACAGCGUCGCCUUCUUCAAUGAGGGGCUCCUCGAUCAGAUGAUUAAAUGUAUUCCCACAUGUUUAAAGCCAGGUGAGAAGCCACUUUAUGAGCCAAUACGGGCGGAAGAUCAUUUGCGGCAGCGGUAUGGCAACAGUUACAACUAG